AUGGAAUCUGCAGAAGAAGAGUUAGUUAAUUUUAAUGUCAGUGGCUGGUAUUUCUCAAUUCCCAAAAUUAAAGUUGCUCAGUUUCCUGAAUCUCUGGUAUGGAAAGAAGCUUCUGUACAAGAUCAAUCUGAAAAUCUAAGAUUACUUAUUGACCAAGAUGGUUUUGUAUUUAGGCACCUUCAUUAUUACAUGCAGACUUCAAAGUUAUCUUUUUUCAGCUAUGCUGAAUUGAACUUAUUGUGUGAGCAAGCAUUAAUUUUGCAGCUGACACCUUUAUUACAGAUUUUAGAUAAUUUGAAGGAGGAGAAAUAUAACUUACAUGUGCAGCCUGCAGAUAUACCAGUAGCUGAAAGAACAUCUCUGAAUUACUGGAGAACACAAAAGUGUACUAGCAAGCCACCAGAGAUUCCUCCUAACAGUCCAGCAUUCACAGGGUUACAUGAAAGAGCUCCCCUAGGGCUAGUGGAUACACCUUUACUAGGUACAGAAGAUGAAGUGAAUUACUGGUUUUUGCCACUAGAUUUGGUGGCAAAAUAUCCUGUACUAGUUAAUGACAACAAUUUGCUGUGGCUGCUUGAGAAUGCAGCCCUGACUGAGUGCAAGUGCAGUGAGUUCCGCUUCAUAGUUAAUUUUCUUUGCUCAGAGAAGAUGUUGUUGCCUUAUGACUUCUCCAACAUAGAUGCCUUGGAGGAAGAAGCUUUAAUUCUGGGAAUUCCUGAGCUUAUAGAUGCUGUGAAGAUCUAUAGAGGCAGCUGCUCCGUGGGGGCUGGGGGUGGCGGGGGGGCAGUGGCAUGGGAGUCCCCACCAUGAUCCCCACUCUACGCCAUGGUGCUGGGGCUGCUGGCCAACUACCCGGAUUCGGCACUGGGACAGCUCUGCAUGGGCAGCGACCUGGGCUGGAGCUGCCUGCACCUCUCUGGUGACGGCAUUCUCUUCCAACGUGCCAGGAAUUGGCUGGGAACUUGCCGGCUUCCUCUCACUGAAAAUAUUUCUGAAAUCAAAGACCUCUGUGCUUAUUUGGACAAAAGGGACGCCACAUACGAGCCAAUGAAAGAUGCUUUAAAAUGCUCUCUGAAACAACAGAUACCAGCAGGGAGCAGAGAUUAUAAUACAGACUGGACAGCAGAAGUAUCCGUAUGCUCACUCCAUCAGAUUGUGAAAUUUUAUGUAGGAAGUAACUAGUAUGAAACUUGCUUACAGACUUUAGUGAAGUACCCAGAGCUGUUGUCAAAUGACAAGAAAGUCUGUUGGAUCACAUAUGGUCAAAAUCUUCUAAUCCAUGGAGAUGAGCAAAUGUUUCGACACGUUCUCAACUUUCUAAGACUUGGGAAAUUGUUUUUGCCAGCUGAAUUUAAAGAAUGGUCUCUCUUUUGUCAAGAAGCAGAGGAGUACCAAAUCCCUUCUCUUUUAGAGGCACUUUAUCACUCUGAUGCAUACAGGUAG